ACGACGGACUCUUCCUUCUCUCCGGCUUUCGGCUUGGGCGCCAGUUUCACAAAGCGUCACCCCGAUUCUGAAAAAAAAGAGCGGGGACUUCGGAAGGCGUGGUUGGCCUCGUUCGCUGUCCAUGACACUGUGAAUCCUCUCCACAGCCCCGGCGUUGUCCCCGCUCCUCGGAAAUCUGUGUAUGCAAGAAAUUGCUUUUCUCUGGGGUUAAAAAAUCGGUGUCAAGAUGCCAGUCGCGGCAUCUGCAAUCUAUUUUCUAAACCUUCGCGGCGAUGUGCUCAUCAAUCGCAUGUACCGGGACGAUGUCGGGGGGAAUAUGGUCGAUGCGUUCCGCACGCACAUCAUGCAGACAAAGGAUCUUGGGACGUGCCCGGUUCGGCAAAUGGGAUCGUGUUCGUUCCUGUACAUGCGGAUAAGCAACGUCUAUAUCGUGAUCGUUGUCAGCAGUAAUGCGAAUGCAGCGUGCGCCUUCAAAUUUAUUGUGGAGGCCGUUGCCCUCUUUAGGUCUUAUUUUGGCGGAUCUUUUGAUGAGGAUUCUAUUCGAAAUAACUUUGUCCUGAUAUAUGAGCUUCUCGAUGAAAUCAUGGAUUUUGGUUACCCCCAGAAUUUGUCGCCGGAGAUAUUGAAACUGUACAUCACUCAAGUGGGAGUGCGGUCGCCGUUUUCGCAGGUGAAGGAUGCCCGGCCUCCGGCAAAUGCGACACUGCAGGUCACGGGUGCGGUUGGAUGGCGUCGAGAAGGCCUCGUCUACAAAAAGAACGAGGUCUUCCUGGAUAUUGUGGAGAGUGUGAAUUUGUUGAUGUCCCAGAAAGGAAAUGUUCUGCGGUGUGAUGUAACAGGGAAGAUUCUGAUGAAGUGUUUCUUGUCUGGGAUGCCGGAGUUGAAACUAGGGCUCAACGAUAAACUGGGCCUCGAGAAGGAGGCACAGGUUAGAGCAAGGCCUCCAAGGAGUGGGAAGACAAUCGAGCUGGACGACGUUACAUUCCACCAAUGCGUCAAUCUUGGGCGAUUCAAUACAGAGAAGACGGUCAGCUUUGUUCCUCCAGAUGGCGAGUUUGAACUCAUGAAGUACCGAAUUACAGAAGGAAUCAACUUUCCUUUUCGAGUAAUCCCGAUCAUUAAGGAGCUAGGGCGUACCCGCAUGGAAGUCAACAUCAAGGUCAAGAGUGUAUUUGGAGCGAAGAUGUUUGCUUUGGGUGUGGUGGUCAAGAUUCCAGUGCCCAAGCACACGGCGAAAACGACCUUCCAAGUCUCUUCAGGACGAGCAAAAUACAACGCGUCUAUCGACUCUCUUGUGUGGAAGAUCCGACGGUUUCCAGGGCAGACAGAGCUGAGCAUGAGUGCUGAGGUGGAGCUGAUAUCCUCGAUUGCUGAGAAGAAGACGUGGUCCAGACCUCCAAUUCAGAUGGAAUUCCAGGUGCCAAUGUUUACUGCAUCUGGCUUGCGGGUUCGCUUCCUGAAGGUUUGGGAGAAGAGCGGCUACAGCACGGUUGAGUGGGUGCGCUACAUCACUCGCGCAGGAACAUACGAGGUUCGCUGCUAAGGGAGGAAGAAGGCCUUGCGCGACGAAGAGGUGGGUUAGAUCAUGUUUCGUUGCUACUCGUUUGGAUUUGGACAGCUAAAUGGUUGUUUGUUACGGUGAGAACAGUCAUGACCCUAUUUUUAGGUGCAAAGCUGAAAGGAAAUUGGAAGAUGAUACCCAAAGGCGCCUGAAAAAAUGAUGUGCAACAGUAGUCGACCAACAUUUCUGGGUUUUAUAGAGUAAGCUCGAUGGAGACGAGAUUGUUUGGUUGGUUUUCUAGAGGCUGGCUGGCUUUUUCCUGGUGGCCUGUGUCGGAAAGUGACUUGGGCAUUUUGCGUGCCUGUCAGUUUGCUUCAUCGGAGCCGUUGAUUUGAACCUCAACUGGGUGGGGAUCGUCCGUAGACUUUGGUAAUGGUGUGAGUAGAGCCGAGCGGUGAGAAGAGGAAGGGUGAAGGUGGUAGGAAGAUAUUCGCAAUAACAUGAUGGUUGUCCAUCAGGCAUAUGCUGGUUCUUGCUGGGCCAAAGCCCGUCUGAACAGCGUAGCGGCAGAAAUGAUGCUGAGAUUCGACGAGGGCAUGCUCACAAAGUAGGAAGGGGUCAGUGGAUCAGGAGAGUGAGAGGGUUAGAGUGGGAGGAGGGAGGCAAUAAUGUGAUUGUUGCUUGAUGCCGGGCGAAAGUCGAUGUGGAUGGUCAAGGAGCAGAAGGAUGGUGAAAAGAUGCAGGGAGGACACACUGUGGAAGAGGUUGAGAAAUUGGUACCGAGUGUGAGGGAUCG